GGCUGGCGGGACUAUGGCCCAAGGCACCGUGAUCCACGUGGCCCCAGAGCAGCCCACCUAUGCCGUGUGUGUCCUGGGCACCGAAACUCAGCUGGAUGUGUGCAGCUCCGCCCCCACGGGCUGCACGUCCUUCAGCAUCAAUGCCUCCCCAGGAGUGGUCGUGGAUGUGGCCCCCGGCCCCCCGGCCAAGAAGAAAGCCACGGGCUCCUCCAAGUGGUCCCUGGACCCCAGCCUGGAGGUGAGCCUGAGGAUGAGAGCCGCCAGCGACAGCACAGGCGACCAGAAGGUUCAGAUUUCAUACUAUGGACCCAAGACCAGCCCGGUCCAAGCCCUGCUCUAUGUCACAGGUGUCGAAAUCUCGUUGAGCGCCGACAUCUCCCGCACUGGCAACGUGAAGCCUGCCCGAGCCCGGAAAGGCCAGAGGACCUGGACCUGGGGCCCCCGCGGGCAAGGCGCCAUCCUGCUGGUGAACUGCGACAAGGACAAUCCCCGAUCUUCCACCAUAGACUGCAGGGAUGAGGAGGUGCUCGACAGCGAAGACCUGCAAGACAUGUCCCUGGUGACCCUGAACACGAAGACCCCGAGGGACUUCUUCGCCAAGCACCAGCUGCUCCUCCACGUGGCCAAGUCGGAGAUGGACAAAGUCAGGGUGUUCCAAGCCAGCCGAGGCAAACAGACCUCCAGGUACCUGCCGGUCCUGGGGCCGAAGCAGCCCUGUCACCCCCUGGAACUCCCGGGGGGCCCGCACAGCACGGACUUCUACGUGGAGGGCCUCGCUUUCCCGGACGCCAACUUCCCGGGGCUCGUUUCCCUCACUGUCUCCCUGCUGGACGCCUCCAACCUGGAGCUGCCCAAGACCCUGGUCUUCCAAGACAGUGUGGUCUUCCGUGUGGCCCCCUGGAUCAUGACCCCCAACACCCAGCCCCCUGAGGAGGUGUACGUGUGCAGGAUGUUUGAAAAUGAGGACUUCCUGAAGUCAGUGACUGCGCUGACCAACGAAGCCAAGUGCAAGCUGACCAUCUGCACCAGGGAGCAGAGCAUGGAGGACCGGUGGGUGCAGGAUGAAAUGGAGGUGGGCUACAUCCAAGCCCCGCACAAGACACUGCCUGUGGUCUUCGACUCUCCGAGGAACAGAGGCUUGAAGGAAUUCCCCAUCAAAUGCCUGCUGGGUCCCGAUUUUGGCUACGUGACUCGAGGGCCCCAAACAGGAGGGGCUUCUGACCUUGACUCCUUUGGAAACCUGGAAGUGAGCCCCCCGGUCAAGGUUGGGAGGAAGAAAUACCCUCUGGGCAGGAUUCUCAUUGGGAGCAGCUGCUACCCCAGCAGUGAGAGCCAGGAGAUGCACCAGGCCCUGCAGGACUUCCUCAGCGCCCAGCAGGUGCAGGCGCCGGUGAAGCUCUACUCCGACUGGCUGUUUGUGGGCCACGUGGACGAGUUCCUGAGCUUCGUCCCCGUGCACAAGAAGGGCUUCCGGCUGCUCCUCGCCAGCCCCCGGUCCUGCUACAAACUGUUCCAAGAGCAGCUCAAGGACGGCCACGGCGAGGCUCUGCUAUUCGAAGGGGUCAAGAGAAAAAAACAGAAAAUAAAGGACAUUCUGUCCAACGAGAAACUGAGAGAAGAUAAUUCAUACGUGGAGAAAUGCAUCGACUGGAACCGGGAGGUGCUGAAGCGGGAGCUGGGCCUGACCGAGCGGGACAUCGUGGACAUCCCCCAGCUCUUCAAGCUCCAGGAUGACCUCAGAGGGAACCUCAAGGCGGAAGCCUAUUUCCCAAACAUGGUGAACAUGCUGGUGCUGGGGGAGCACCUGGGCAUCCCUAAGCCCUUCGGGCCCAUCAUCAACGGCCGCUGCUGCCUGGAGGAGAAGGUGCGGUCCCUGCUGGAGCCACUGGGCCUCCACUGCACCUUCAUCGACGACUUCUACGCCUACCACGUGCGGCAUGGGGAGGUGCACUGCGGCACCAACGUGCGCCGGCAGCCCUUCUCCUUCAAGUGGUGGCACAUGGUGCCCUGAGCCCAUCCCCCACUGCUGUCCUGGCUAGAAGCUCUGGUCCCCUGCAGUGUGGCAUCGCAAGAGCUCUUAGGGACAUUUUGGCUCCCUGGGUGUGGCCGCCCUCCCGGCAGCGGCUUACUUCCUUACUUCUGCUGUGCCCUGGCCCCUUAGGCCCCCCACACCCCCCAACCCCACUUGGAAGACCCCAAGAUAGUCCUGGCAUUGGAGGCGCCGCUCUGCUGUGAGAUGCCGCAAUAAAGUUUUAUAAUUGCUUU